CUUCAUUACAAGUGCGUAGCUGCUUCUCAGAUUCACGCGGCUGGGUUUGAGUGUGACACUUUCAGAGAUGAAAGGAGGCUUGACGCUUGAAGGAUGGUGUGAAGAGGCACUCGGCCAAUGGAAGAGGAAGCUUGGUCCAGAUGGAGAGGUGAAAAUCGAGCGAGAAUCACCUAGCGUUGUGUCCUGCGUCCUGUCGCUCCUACUGACAGUAGUUCUGCUGUGUGCAACUGCCGCAGCUUUUGUAGACUACCCACUCACAGACACAAUGCAGGACUGGUGGAGCACCCCGCAGAGCGGGGCCCGGACCCCGGACGGGGCACCGGUCCUGGCGACGGAUGCCAACACGGCGGACGAGGUUGAAGCGCCUCGAGGAGGCGUACUAAUGUUGGUGCUCGGUGGAAUCACAACAUUGCAGCUGAUCGUGCUGAUUUUAGCCAUGAACUUCUGUGUGCAGGAUAAACCUGAGGAAGGAAAGAUGGAAGAAGAGGGACAAAUUGCGAGGAAGCCCACAUCCAAAGAGGAGGAGCUACGGUCCUCGUGAGAUCUCAUGGCAUCGUAUGGCAGCUCCAGGUCAGAGUGCCUGGGGUGUCAUGGCAUGGCAUGUGUCGCAUGUGUCAUGCCAUGUCUCCCUCUGCUCAAAUUUUCCAGUACAGAGGUUGAGCAUGGCUUAAUCUACCAUGGCAAUCGUUCUUGGAUGUGGUUUCAAGCAAAUCUUUG